GCUCCCCCUGGAGGAGGUGUCUGGGGAGAGGAACGUCGGGGCGUCUCUGCUGAGUCUGCUGGCCCCGCGACCCGGUCCCGGAUAAAGCGGAAGACGACGAGUAUGUGUACGAUUACGAGAUGUCAUAAAACACAAAGGCGUAAAGUGGAAGGAAAAUGACAUGCUUUAACUUUUCUUACAACACCAAAAUCUGAAAAGUGCAGCAUACAUUUUCCAACACAUUUUAAAGCAGUUUCAGCUCCAGUCUGUUGGCAUUUGCCUACCAGCUUUGAACAUCUAAACUGAAAAUUUUGCCCAUUAUUCUUUGCAAAGUAGCUUAAGCUCAGUCACACUGGAUGAAAAGUAUCUGGAGACAUCAGCUUUAAAGUCUGGCCAAAGAUUCUCAACUGGACUUUGACCCACGAACAAGCCAUGAUCUAAAGCCGGCUCUAUCGCAUCUCUGGCUGGAUGUUUAGGGUGGAGGUCCUGCUGGAAGGUGAACCUCCACCCGUCUCAGGUUUUCUUUCAGGAUUGUCCUGGAUUUAGCUCCAUCCAUCCUCCCAUCAACACUGACCAGCUUCCCUGUCUCUGCUAAAGAUAGGCAUUCCCACAGCAUGAUACUGCCGCCCCUAUGUUUCACAUUUGCCAUGUCCCCUACAUGGCUUCAAGAAACCUGCAAACAGGAUUUAUUAUGGAUUUCUUUCAACAAAGGCAAACGGGUGAACUCUAUAUACUAAUUAGUUGACUUUAGUCGGUAAAAGGUUGAAUUUGGGGGUAUGAGAGUAAAGUGGGCUGAAAACAAACGCAUGUCCCCUUUUCUGAUCUUAAAUGGUAGAAGCUUUAAAGACCAUGAAUCCUGUUCGUAUUAAUUGGUAACAUAAAAUCCCAGUAAUUUACUGUGAGGUCUGUAGCUGUAAUGUGAAAAAGUUCCACCCCUCCUCCCGUCAGCCUCCACCUGUCUCCCUUUUCCCGCGGCGGGCUGGAGCUGACCCAGAAAGCAGCCGUCAUUCUGCAGAAAUGGUAUUCAGCCCGCUCGGUUCGGUCACCGGAUCGGCGGCAGCUGCUGAGCCCUAUCCACCCCCCUCCCCUGGUGCUAUUUUCACCCGCCUGUUAAAGUGCCGCAGCUAGACAGGUUUCACCGCAGAGUUGCGGCAAGAUGAUGUCCCGCACAGGCGGAUGCGACUCCGAACUGGACACCGACACGGACAGCUCCGAUGGGAAGUCCACGGGCGGCUGCAGCCCGCACAGGGAGUCCGGGAAGAGGCUGGGGAAGGAGGCGGAGAGCGGCUGUCCCGAAGCGGCGAGGAGGAGGCGGCGGCGGCGGCGGAGGAGGAGCGGCAUCGCGGGCGGCAGAGACGCGCGGCUCUCCGGGGUGAGCAAACAGAGGCAAGCGGCGAACGCGCGGGAGCGGGACAGGACGCACAGCGUCAACACGGCCUUCACCGCGCUGCGGACUCUGAUUCCCACCGAGCCCGCAGACAGGAAGCUCUCCAAGAUAGAGACGCUGCGCCUGGCCUCCAGCUACAUCUCCCACCUGGCCAACGUGCUGCUGCUGGGGGAGGACUGCCGGGACGGGCAGCCCUGCCUCCGCUACCAGGACAUGAUCCUGCACGGCUCCCCGGCGCUCGGCUCCCCGGCGCUCAGCGCCCCCUCUCUGCGGCCAAUCUGCACUUUCUGCCUCAGCAACCAGAGGAAACAGGUCAGAGAUGGUGGGAAGCACUCAUCUUCUGUGUGAAACAAAGCGACUCCAGACAGAUCAGGAGCCCACCUAGAUGUUUACUCUUUAAACUUUGUUAAUACAUAUUUAUUUUUUUUGAACAGGCUACAGGAAAAUAGACUGAAAGACAAGCACUUUCCGUCCAGCUUGGUGUGUUUCUCAACCUCAGUGUUUUGACUGAGAUGCAACCUGAGCCGGUGUGUGCAGCUGCACCUGACGUGGGCCUAUUUUGGUCCCCACCGAUAGUACAAACUACCCCCUGACCCACCACCAACAGGGCCACCACAUGUACCUCCCAAAAAAAAACAACCUGGUCACCUUCAGUGCAACAGUUGCUGUCAGUUUUCUGGUAGCUGCCCUCAGCAUUAAGGGGGCAGCAAGCAAGGUACCGCCUGUAGUGGUGGACAUCAGGAACAGCAUCAAAACUUAUGGAAGCAGGUUAUGCAAUUUGCACAAUGUGCAGCAGGUUUAAGAACUGCACCCCCACCCCAACCAUCACCUGAAGAUCUCAAAAUACCUGAUACGCCUGCUCUAAAUUACCCUUAGGCUUGACUGUGUGUGCUGUGAUGGACUGGUGACCUGUCCAGGGUGUUCUCCCACCUUUUGCCUAAUAACCGCUGCAGAUGGGUAUCAGCCCACUCCCGACCCUGCAAGGACAAGCAUGUUUAGACAAUGGAUUAAUGGGGUCAGGGUAGAAACCCUUAAUGGUUGCCUCGUAGGUGUCUGCCACCACAUUUGGAAGUAAAGGUCACGGCUUGCACCAACCACAGCUGCAUUAGUAAUGGUGAAAGAACAUGGCUAAUCUAAUUUCUACUCACGUUUCUCAUUUUCCUACAUAAAACCCCUGUUUUGAAUGCAUUAAUUAACCCCAAUAUGUGAACCAGUUCCAAACCAUAUUCUGCCUACUGAAAAUAAUUAGGCUGUGAAUCAGAUUAAAAGAUUAUAAGAUGUGAAAGCAAUGAAACUAAGAACAAAGGAGUCUAUUCUUAACCCAAACUUGAACAUAGCUAGCUGCUAACGCUAGCCAGCAAACAUCUUCAAUUCAUUCAAGAAAAGGCAGUUAUAAUAGUUUUGUUUUUGUUAUACUAGAAACUCUGUAAUGGACAUCUGUUUUAUGCAGUGGCUGUUUAUAAAUAUCACACCUGUCUAAUUUAGAAAUCUUAUGUUAUUAACCUGUUUUAACCAUGUUUUACCAGAAGUAACCAUGAAUUGUUCAGACAUUUAAACCGACAGUGUUGAAAAGUUUACUACUACAAUGUUGCACGGUCACUUUAACAGCACAGGGUGUGCAUCAGCAUGCCUUUUGCACUUUUAUUGAGAAUUUAAAGAUGUGAUAUUAAACUCACCUGGAUGCUUUGAUAUUUAUAAUAGUGCCCUAAACUACUACUGGGAAAUUUUGCUCUCUACCUCAGAUUUGUAUUACAAAUAUAAAGGCUUACCUCUGAUCAGAAUUAGUACCGACAGUAAGAAAUACUUGAAUGUCAGACAUGUCUGUCCUUUGCACAUUAAAAGAAGCUGCUUAAAAAUAAAAUGUAUUUUUGUACUAAGAAAAUAAACAUCAAGCUGUCUUUGUAUAUAUCUUUGCAAUA